CCUUUCUCUAUAAAUACGAAGAGAGAAUUUGAUCACCUUCCUUUGUCUCUCUCUAUCCUGCCCGUCUUCGAAACAAAUCUAGGGUUCUGACUUCUGAGGCUUCGUUCUCUCUUCAGGUAAAAAGAUGCCUCGGUAUGAUGACCGCUAUGGUGGAACUCGUCUCUACGUGGGACGCUUGUCCUCGAGGACGAGAUCGCGUGAUCUUGACGACCUCUUUAGCAGAUAUGGAAGGUUUCUUGGCUUUUGCCUAACCUGGAGGUCUAUGGUGAGAGGGUGAACCUUGGUGGAUUUGGCAAGUCUUUCUAUAAUGUUAUUGCGUGUUUUUAUGGAAAUGGCAACAUCUCAAAGUGGUGUUUAGUUCAUCUGUGAGGGCGAAGUGUCCACCCUUCGAUACUUGUGUCUUGAUGGCCUUACUGUUUCUGGCACCCGUUUACGCAGAGUACGCGAUGUGGAUAUGAAGCGCGACUUCGCCUUUGUUGAAUUUAGUGACCCACGAGAUGCUGAAGAUGCAGUAUAUGGUCUGAAUGGCCGGGAUGUUGAUGGAAGCCGCCUCAUUGUAGAAUUUGCGAAGGGGGGGCCACGUGGUCCUAGUGGAUCUCGUGAGUAUCUUGGGAGAGGUCCUCCUCCCGGAUCAGGGCGCUGCUUUAAUUGUGGAAUUGAUGGCCAUUGGGCUCGAGAUUGCAAGGCUGGGGACUGGAAGAAUAAGUGUUAUCGCUGUGGAGAAAGAGGCCACAUAGAAAGGAAUUGUAAGAAUAGUCCUAAGAAACUUAGACGUGGGCGGAGUUACUCAAGGUCACCGAGUCCUCGACGUGGCAAAAGUCGUAGUUACAGUAGGGAACGUAGUUACAGUCGAUCUAGAUCGCCUCUGAAGAGAGAGAGAAGCCUUGAGCAAGUUGAAAGAAAAUUAAGGAGCCCUCGUGACAGCCGAAGCCCUAAGCGGCAUAGGAGCUCGCCACCACCAUCUAAAGGGAGGAAGCAUAGUUCUACACCUGAUGAGAGGAGCCCAGAAGAACGAGGUAGCCCAUCCCAAAGGGAUGGCAGGCUGGCCAAUGGGUCUGAUUACAGUGGCAGUCCCAGGGGAAAGAGCAGAAGCCCUAUCAACGAUGCUGAUGGAGAGGCCCCCCGGGAGCGGAGUUAUAGGAGCCCUGCUGAAGAAAAUGGCCAGAGUCGCAGCCCUAGUCCUAUCCGUAGGGACGACAGGAGCCCUGUUGAUGAUGAUGAUAAUCAUGGUUCUCUGAGGGGCAGUGAGUCAAACUAAAUGAAUUUUAUGUGAAGAAAGUCAACUUAAAACCUAUGUUUGCUAAAGGUUUCUACUGCUUUGUACGGAUAGCACUUGUAUCGAAUCUUUUUAAACGUGUUUGAGAUUUUCAUGUACUUUUUUUUGUCUGGAGGUACCAUUUGGAACAGUUCCAGUGAUCUUAACUGUACCAUGUCACCACAAUUUGGCUUCAUUGUAGGCUUCGCGGUUUUCUUUCUGGAGUCGAGAGUUUCGAUUCCCUUGAGGUCUACUUUUAAUGCAGGAUGGCGUUGGUCAUGCA